ACUAUGUAACUGCAUUUUCUCAUAAAAAGAACCGGUCUAAUACUUAAAAUUUUUAAAUAUUAAAUAUUAAAUAAACUAAUAAAUUAAAUAUGGACAUAAUUGAUAAAAAUAUAGAUAAAAUAAUUGAAGUAUGUAAAUUAGGUUUUGGACGUAUUUUAGAUCGUGAUUUAGAUCCUCGAGUAGCUACUGAGAAUGCAUUUACUAUAGAGGUUGAUAAAACAGUCUAUAUUGAUGAAGUUAUAACAAUUAAUGAGCAGACAUGGAUAAAUUCAUUUUUUGCGGAUGACAAAAAUUUGAAAACUAGUAAUACAGCUUAUAAUAUUCAUGAAUACCGUAAAGCAUCUUUAAAAUUUAAAUUAACACCAACUCCAGAAUUUCUUAAAGCAGCAAAAGAAGCAAUAGAUUCUAAAGAUUUUGAUACUAUCAUUCGAAGAUUUGGUCAAUUUAUUUCAACCGAAGUUAUUUUGGGAGGAAAAGCUUAUUUUAAAAAGUCAAAUGGAAACAAUUAUUCUAAUAUUAAAACAGUUGGAGGAAUUUCUGGAAAUUUUGACAAAGAAUGGGUUAGCUCUUUAACAAAAUUCGAAAAUUGGAGAUGCAUAAAAUUUAAAAAUUUAAUUAGUAUUUAUCAAUUUUUACCUGAUGUCGAACAAAUUUUAAAGCCGGGUGGUUGCAUUCAUGAAAAGACCGAAUACUUAGAAAAACCUUGGUAUCUAGAUGAUAUAUCAAAGUGUUAUGAAAGACAAAGAGAAAUACCGCCGAGCAUUUUAAAACAUUUUGACAAACCUGAUUAUAGCAUCUUAGUAACAAUUAUUAGCAAUGUUGGCAAAAAUGAAAAAGAUUUUUUUAAUUGUCAAAUAAUUUGGCCAGAUAAUAAAAAACCGAAACUUUCAAUUAUAAUUAUUCGAGAAGAUCCUAAAAAGCGUCGAUGUGAUUUGAGAAUUAAGUGGAUGGUUAUUCAAUACAAUAAAAAAAAUAACAACUGGUUUAUUAGUCGUUGCAAUGCACCAGUUUAUUGUUUUGGAAUUCCUGUAAAAAAGUUAGAAAACUUGAAUUCUUCAAAUAAUCUCCCUCUCAUUGAACAUCGUUUUUUAAAAAAAAAAAUGGCAUUUUCCUAUUGUUGUUUGCCUUCAUCGGCUAUUAAUGGACUUAUCAUCUCAAAUCAUUCUAAUUCUAAAAUAUCCCCACAAAAAAGAAAAUCUUUAGUGAGGAUACCUGGCAAACCAAAAUACAUCAUCCAAUUAUCUAGAGAAAAUAAUAUUGAAAAUAAGACUAAAAUUGGUCAUAUGCUAGGAAAUCACAUGAUAAUCAUAUGAUGUGGGAGGGUUAUACAUAUUUAUUUUUUUCAUGAUGUAUUUUUUCGCUCAGGUCGUUUCUUUCAUGCAGAUUGGUUUUUCGUAUUUUUUAUGUAAAAUUAUUUUAUUUUUAUUUUUAUGGUAAAAAAAAAGCAUAUUAAAAUAUUUCUCUCGCAACAGAACAAGCACGCGUGAAGACUGGUCAAGAGUAUGAAUCAUUUAGAAUUUUAAUGUAAAAUCUUCUUUUAUUAAUUUUGUAUGAUAUAUUAAAUAAAA